AUGGAUGUUGCAACAAGAUGGAAUUCCACCCAUCUUAUGCUAGACAGAGCCAUCAUCUAUAGAGAAGCCUUCCGCCAACUUGCUGAAGUUGAGGCAUGUUAUCAGUUUUGUCCAAAUGAAUUGGAGUGGGAGAGGGCAGAGUUGAUUCGCGAUUUCUUGGCUCCUUUCGCUGAGAUAACCAAUCUGAUUUCUGGAUCUUCUUAUCCGACAGCUAAUCUCUAUUUUAUGCAAGUGUGGAUGAUCGAGAACUGGCUGAGAGGAAAUGAGUUCAGUGGGGAUGAAGUAAUUUGUGAGAUGGUGGCUUCAAUGAAGCCCAAAUUUGAUAAGUAUUGGGAGGAGUAUUCUGACAUCUUAGCCAUUGCUGUUGUGCUUGAUCCAAGACUGAAGUUUGCAUGUCUGGAGUAUUGCUUCACAACUUUAGAUGCAUCGACAAGCAAGACGAAAGUGGAUCAUAUUAGAAAGAAGUUGAAGAAGUUGUUUGAUGUUUACAAGAAGAACACAAGGAAAAACGUGGCUGGAGCUUCAAGAUCAAACGCUGCACAGACCACUUUACCUGGAUAUGAUGGGUUUUAUGCUUUCAUUUCGCAGAAUGUUGGUAGCAAUGGAAAAUUAGCUUUGGAUAAGUAUCUAGAGGAACCGAUUCUCGACAUGGCUUCCUUCGAGAAGAUGGAUGUUCUCUCCUAUUGGAAAGAGAAUGCCAACAGGUUUAAGGAGCUCUCAGCAAUGGGGUGUGAUGUUCUGAGCAUUCCUAUAACCACAGUGGCUUCAUAA